AAAAGAGUAUCGUAUCAUCAAAUAUUUGAUGAAGUAGCCAAGCCAAUCCAAAUCCAAGCCAAGCCAAAAGCAAAGCUCUUCAAUCAUGGAGGAGGAGAAGAAGAAAGAGGACCCAUCUUCUUCAUUUUUAUCUGUUUCUUAUCUCAAAAUCUCAUCCUCUCCUAAACCCCUUCAUUAGUCCACACACAAAGAGGAACCCACUUUUCUUUUUGGGUCCUCCCCAUCCCCACACACAGACAUGGCAGACCAAAACAACAACAACAACAACAAGCAUCACCCAUUACUUCCUUCUCCUGCAACUUCUUCAUCUCCAUUAACAACACCUCCAUUACCUACAACUUCUUCAGAUAUCAAAGACUUCACUCUCAUUAUUUCAAACAAAGAUCAAAACAACAGCAACAGCAACAACAACAUCAACAACAAGCAAUUGGCUCCUAAACGUACCUCUAAUAAAGACCGUCAUAAAAAAGUCGAUGGCCGUGGUCGUAGAAUCCGUAUGCCUGCUCUUUGUGCUGCUCGUGUCUUUCAAUUAACUCGUGAAUUGGGUCAUAAAACUGAUGGGGAGACCAUUCAAUGGCUUCUUCAACAAGCUGAGCCUUCUAUUAUUGCUGCCACUGGCUCCGGUACUAUCCCCGCUUCUGCUCUUCAUGCUGUUGGUGUUUCCCUUUCCGAUCAUGAUUCCUCUGUUUCCGUCUCUGCUUCUUUAACCCCUAAAAUCGAAGCGGUUCCCAGGACCAAUUGGGCGAUGAUGGGUGCUAAUUUGAGUAGAUCUCAUAUGGCCUCCCAGGGGUUUUGGCCCUCUUUAGGUGGGAUUGGGACUGGAUUUGUUAGUGAGAAUCCGGGGUCGAUUAUGCCCAAGUUUGGGUUUCAUGGGUUUGAACUUCAGGGGAUGAAUUUGGGAUCCGUGAAUUUCCCGGCCAUGAUUGGGAAUCAACAUCAACAAAUACCUGGGUUGGAGUUGGGGCUUUCGCAGGAUGGGAAUAAUUUGAGAGGGAUGUUGAAUCCGCCUUCGUUUUCGCAAAUUUAUCAUCAAAUUGGCCAAAAUCGUGAUUCCUCUGCACAGCCAUUGGAGCAGGAUCAAGCUCCUGAGAAAGAUGAUUCUCAAGAAUCGAGAUGAAGAAUGAUGAUGAUGAAUGAAGAAUUUGAUAAUUUGGGUUUUCCAAAUGGAAACUGUUUCGGAUUUCUAGGUCUAAAAUUAGGACUAAAUUUGGAAAGAGGGGCAAAAUGAAGAAGACGAAGAUUCAAAGAUUGGUUCAUAAUUUUCAGUGUGUGUGUUUGAUUCUUCAAAUUCAGGUGGGAAGUUUUGAGGAGAAGAGUGGUUUAAUUGCAAGAUUGAAUUUGACUUUCAUUUCUUCAAUUUUGAGGUGUGUGUAUGUUUUGUUUUGUUUUUUUUUUUUUUAAUAAUUUAUAUAAAUAAUUUGUAGAAAAGAAAAUGAGUGUAAUAUUUAGUAAUUUUUGUGAAGUUGAUAUGGAAAAUGAAAACUGUUCCAUCACUGCAUUUAAAUUUAAUGGAUGGUAAGUUAAAAGAAGAAACAACAAUCUAUCCAUUGCAAAAUUUGUGGUCAAUAUUGAGAACCAAAUGCCAAUUCCAUCAAUCUCCAUAAUUCUCCAAUAAUUUCACCA